GACCCUCUGUCACAUCGCUCUCCAACCCCGAGGAGACGUACCGCGGCGCCGAGCCCGAGGCUGGGGUGCGCGGCGGGAGGUGCGAGAAGGUGUCAGAGCCCAAGGCGCCCCAUAGCGCCCGUUCGCGCCCCCUCCCGGUGUGGGGGCGGAUGUGGGAGCUCAGAGCCCGAGGUGACGGCGCUGCAGGCCCGCGGGCCUGGGUCUCCGCCUCCCUCCCUCGCUCGCCCCCCUCGGCGCGGCUCCUCCUCCGGAGCCCCGCCUCCGCAGUCCGCUCACUCUGCGCCCCCGCCGCCGCCGUCGCUGCCGCUGCCGCCGCGGAGCCCCGAGCAGCCUGGCCGCCGCACCCGCGGCGCCGCCAAACUUUCCCCGGAGCCGGCGCCGGGAGGGAGCCACAGCUGAAGGCUGCUCUUGUGCCAAUGACCCUUCCCAAUUCUUCCUGCACUUUCGAAGACAAGAUGUGCGAGGGGAAUAAGACCACCAUAGCCAGCCCCCAACUGAUGCCCCUGGUGGUGGUCCUGAGUGCCAUCUCCUUGGUCACAGUGGUACUCAACCUGCUGGUCCUGUAUGCUGUGCGGAGCGAGCGGAAGCUGCACACUGUGGGCAACCUGUACAUUGUCAGCCUCUCCGUGGCAGACCUAAUCGUAGGGGCUGUCGUCAUGCCCAUGAACAUCCUCUACCUCCUCAUGUCCAGGUGGUCCUGGGGCCAGCCUCUAUGCCUCUUUUGGCUUUCCAUGGACUACGUGGCCAGCACAGCAUCCAUUUUCAGUGUCUUCAUCUUGUGCAUUGAUCGCUAUCGCUCUGUCCAGCAGCCCCUCAGAUACCUGAAGUAUCGUACCAAGACCCGAGCAUCAGCCACCAUCUUGGGGGCCUGGUUUCUCUCCUUCCUGUGGAUUAUUCCUAUUCUGGGAUGGCAUCACUUUAUGUCACAGUCCUCGGGACACCGGGAAGACAAGUGUGAGACAGACUUCUAUGAUGUCACCUGGUUCAAGAUCAUGACUGCCAUCAUCAACUUCUAUUUACCUACCUUGCUCAUGCUCUGGUUCUACGCCAAGAUCUACAAGGCCGUGCGACAGCACUGUCAGCACCGAGAGCUCAUCAAUGGAUCCCUCCCUUCCUUCUCUGACAUAAAGAUGAAGCCAGAGAAUCCCAAGGCAGGGGCCAAGAAAUCAGGGAAGGAGUCUCCCUGGGAGGUUCUGAAAAGGAAAUCAAAAGAUGCCAGUGGUGAGCCUGUCUUGAAGCCACCAUCCCAAGACCCAGAAGAGAUGAAAUCCCCAGGUGUGUUCAGCCGAGAGGAGGACAGAGAAGUAGACAAACUUCCGUGCUUUCCCCUUAACAUUGUGCAGGUGCAGACUGAGGCAGAGGGGAGUGGCAGGAGUUAUGUAGCUAUUGACCAGAGCCAGGGCCCACUCGGGAUGGAUGAACAGAGCCUGAACAUGCAUGGGGCCACUGAGAUAUCAGAGGAUCAGAUCAUCGGUGAUAGCCAGUCCUUCUCUCGGACAGACUCAGACACCCCCACAGAGUCAGCAUCAGGGAAAGGUAAACCUAGAAGUGCAUCUAGCACAGGCCUGGAUUAUAUCAAGUUCACUUGGAAGAGGCUCCGUUCACAUUCAAGACAGUAUGUGUCUGGUCUGCACAUGAACCGAGAACGGAAGGCCGCCAAACAAUUGGGUUUUAUUAUGGCGGCCUUCAUCCUUUGCUGGAUUCCUUACUUCAUCUUCUUCAUGGUCAUUGCCUUCUGCAAGAGCUGUUGCAAUGAACGUGUGCACAUGUUCACCAUCUGGCUGGGCUAUAUCAACUCCACGCUGAACCCCCUCAUUUACCCCUUGUGCAAUGAAAACUUCAAGAAGACAUUCAAGAAAAUUCUGCACAUUCGUUCCUAAGGGAGGCAACAAGGGGAUGCAACCAAAAUGAUGUUUCUGAAGAAAAUGGAGGAUGAAGGCCUGUGAGUUUCCAGGCACCUGGGCUUUCUGGAGUCAAAAGACUAGUCUUAAGGACUAGGUAACUUGGAAAGUUCUAAGGGACUGUUGGCAGAAUAGCAGAUGGCAGAGGUGGUCAGCAGACAGACUGUACGCUGAGUAAAGAGCAGGAUAUUUCCAGGAGAAUCAGAUCUGGAUGAGUUCUCCUGCUCCUCAGGAAAUGUGGGAGCCUCAGACUCUCAUUGUAAUUCAAGCUUGCAGACUGGAAUUAAUUGGAAACUGAAGGGACAUGUAGAGAGAGUUUCACUGCUGAAUCAGACGGAACUCUCAAGCCUUCCUGGAAUGGAGUUAUAGGACUGUGCAGAGACCUUACAUAUGCAGAUUGAUGCUGUCCCUUCCAGGGGUCACCUUGAUAGGCAUGACAGCAAUUCCAUUGUGACUGUCACUUCUCAGAACAUCUCUCCUCUGAGCCCCUUCUGCAACUUUCUGCAGUACCUGUGUCUGAACCAAGUUGGAAAUUCUGCCUUAUUAUUUCUCUUUCACACACACAUCUUAGAGUUGGUAGGAAAUUAUGCAGCUUGUACAUUCAUUGUUUUCAACCCCCAAUUCCUUUUGACUAGUAACAAAAUAAUUAUAAAAGCUACCCUCAAAAGAAAGAGGAAAGGGGUAUUUUUUUAAUGGUUGCACAAUAAAAACAAACAAAAAAAUGGGAAUGGGGAGAAGAAAGCCGUAUUUCUUGAAGGCUGGGUCAUGCUUAUCUCAUUGAGGCUCUAUGACAUUCCACAGCAGGAGGGUGGUGUUAUUGAGGAGCAAGCUGAGGUGUGGUGAGGUGAAAUAAGGUGCCCGACAUCACACAGUUAGAAUGAAAACCCAGUGGGGUUCCAGCUUGUUGUCACAUGUUACCUCCAAAAGGCAAAAAUUUGUCCUGUUAAGUAUACAAGACACACACACACACACACACACACACACACACACACACACACUUCCUGAAAGUGGUGGCAGUUCCAAAAAGAUGUGUUGAGAGAAGGAACGGCUGACAUAGACUAUGCCCGAGGCUGCAGAAAGUGGUACUUGAGGGCAUAGUGUGCAUUUUUAUCUGUGAGUUCUGCUGUGUUUGUUGAAGAAGAGUUGUCAUGUUCUUUUAUAGUCACACUUCUUCAGUAAAAACUAGCAAAGUCAUGGGAACAUCCAGUUUUCCUUGGGGUUUAUAUCGCAAUCUGGUUGUGAUUUAUAUUUUAAAACUUAAUGCCAAACUGUCAUAUAUGUAGUAAAAUGGAGUGCGUGCACAAGCUGGUAUUUUGUCUCUUGUGUUCCUGUUUGCAUGAUCUGUUAGAAUGACAGAUUUUUACCUACCUAAAAUAUGAUAUUUGAAACUAUACUGAGUUUGAUUUAUUUAAUUCUACCUUCCUGGGUCUCUUCGACUGAGAAGAUAUAUUGAAACGUACUGUCAGAUAUUAUAUAGGGUUUCUCUUUGGUUUCUGGUUACCUUUGUAAAUGUCUUUAGGAAAGAACUUACUUUUUAUAACAAGCUUCACUCUCAGCUUGGCAUCUCCCAAAACUCCUCUUGCUUAAAACUGGGAGAGUGAAAGAGACUUUUAUGCUGGGUUUAAAAGCUGCAGCUAGUCUGUUCCCAAGUCAAAAAACAUUUCCCAAAUGCCCAUUAUUUAUGUUGAUAAAUGUUUGAGGCAACUAGUGAAGAAGACAAAUGUUUAUGAGCUCUGGUUUUGGGUUGAAGAGACCUGGAUUUGAGUCUGAUAAGAACAAGAAAUGGUCAAUAUAAAUUGUCAGAGCAUUAAAAAAAUGAGGCCCAUGCAUUACUGAAUGCAGUGUUUAUGGUGCCUGCUGAGUGUCCUGUACACAGUGGGGACUCAUAUGUAGUUUUAAAACAUGCUGAAGAUACUGUGUGCCAGGCCCUAUGCUUUACCACUAUUAUCCACUUUAACCUAAAACCAAUAUCAUGAGGGAGAGUUCUGUGAUUUUACAACUAGGCAAACUGAGGCACAGAGAGAAACUGGGGAAAGGGAAAGUAGAAAGUGAGGGACAGAAAGAGCAUAAAUGAAGUGGCAUAAUAUUACUACACUCAAGAAAAAUCUACAUUCAAGAACAUAUUCUGGAUUAAUGUAUUCAGAAGUUAAAUAUAUUCAAAAGAAGAAUAAACCAUCCUUAGCUUUUGAUAAAUAGAAAUUCCUUCAAAUGAUUCUCUGAAGACCACAUGAAAAUCAGUCAAUUACCACAUCACAUAAAUCUUUAAAAGAUUGUGAAACUAUUCUAUCUAACAGAG